AUGUCCAGAGAACUGUGGAUUGCAGGGGGUGAAGAUGAACUGAAAUAUACUUUAAAACGAUUAAUAGAAGGACUGGGAGCAACUCGAGAGGCAGCACGUCCAGGUUUCAGUCUGGCACUAGCUCAGGUUUUGCAGUCUUUUGAGGAGAUUCCACUGCAUACUGUCCUGGAGCAGAUAAAAGAAAAACACAAUCUUGAGAGAGUCAAAAAGAAACUCUUUAGAAGUGCUGCCUUUGGAAACUUUUUUGGGGUACUGGCUCUUUUCCAGUCUGGUCGUCUUGCAAAGGAUAAAAAGGCCCUCCUGGAAUGUGUCCGACUCCUGCAGAACUUGGUACAGCACCACGCCCAUCUCCGAGAUCUACCCAGGAGAACCCUUGUUGAUAUCCUCACGGAGAUUCCUGAAGCUGUGUUUGAGGAAGUCCUGUUUGGCGCCCUGCAGGCUGACCUCACUUCGGCCUUCAGCACCCCGGGGCAGCUGCAUCUCUUGCUCGUGAGCAUUCAGAAGUUCCCUGGGGUUCUGAAACCCAGCAAGCUGAAGAGACUGCUAGGCUCAUCUGCCAUUGUAACCAAGGAGAACAUUCCCAGGCUUGUGGAGGUUUUGAAAACUGCUGCCAGGUCUGAGAAGAAGGACAAGAAUCUUCCACGUGUCGGGCUGGACUUGCUCCGAGUGUCUGUGAACGAAGGCGCCUUUGAACUCUUCUGGGAAGAAGCCGUGGAGAAUGGGCUGCUUAAAGAAAAGUCGGGGCCGAACAGUUACAUGUGCUACCGGUUGCUGGGCAGUGCUCUCCCGCUCUUGUCUCUGGAUCAGCUGCCGAUAGUUCUCCGAGGGGAAGUGAUGCGGCACUACGGGGAGCAUGUGGUAUCGGCUCAGCUACCAGACCGGUUUAAGUUCGCUCCAGAGAUGGAGACCUACGUUGACUCAUUCCUCGAGGGCUGUGAUGAUCCAGAGAAGCAGCUGGCAGUAAUGGUUGGCUUCUCCACUCUGACCAAUCAAGGCUAUCCGGUUGUGCCCAGCUUCUGGAAGGUGGUGAAACACUUGCAGCCUGAAACGCUGCUGAAAUAUGUCAACUGGCUCAAGAGAAUGUUCCUUAGACCAGAUUUUGACUGCUGCUUAGAUUUCACCACCAGUCGGCAAAAGCAGAACCAAGAGAAAGCAAAUCUGACCCAGCACCGUGUGCUCCGGCUGAGAAAAUGGAUUAUCGCCCGGCUAGUCAGCAUCAUUGACAGUCAGGGGAAGAAGGAAGAGGAUUUGGUGAUGGACAUUGUCAGGUUUUGCUUCUUCCAUGCUUUCUUUGAGACCAAGAAACCAACCUCUGAAAUACCAGAGACAGAAUCCCUCCCCUCAGUGCCUCUGGAUGGACAGUCUCACUCAACGGUCGCCAACUUGUUUUUCAGUUUGCUUCAGAUUUUAAACAAUCUGCCUGUGCUGGGGGACACGGCGGAAGCUGCCGCCCUGAGGGAAAAGCACGUCCAUGGGGUGACUGCAGACAGGAGCCUGUGGCUCUACCUCAUUCUCCAGUACGCCAGCACCCUCCUGUCCCAUGGGAAGCACGUCAAGGCUGUGACUCCUUUCACCGCCGAACAGAGGGCUGCUUGGGACCGAAUGCUGCAGUCUCUGGAGAACCUGCAGAAGAAAGACAAAUCCCAUAAUAUGGAAAUCGUUGCUUUCCAGCACCUUUUGCUCUUAGUGGGCAUUCAUCUGUUCAAGACUCCGGCAGAGACCCUGGACCUUCUGAAUGACCUUCUGAACUGCAUCGAGAGGGCCUUUGACAAGAAAUCCAAGAAGGCUGAUGAUGAAGAGCCAGAAUGGGUAGAGGUGAUAGUGGAAAUCCUUCUAUCCCUCCUCUCACAGCCCAGCCUACUUAUGCGCAGGGUAUCUAAAAGCGUGUUUGGACGCAUAUGUCCUUACAUGUCAAAGAAGGCUCUGCAUCUGAUCUUGGAUGUGCUUGAUCCGGAGCAAGACCAGGAUGAAGAAUGUGCUGUCGUUGUGAUGGAAGAAACAGACAAAAAGAAGAAAAGCUCAGGGGCAAAUAUGGACGAGGAGGAAAGCGCAGACUCUUCUGAUGACAACAGCUCCGCGGAAGACGGAGAGGAAGACAGUGAAGACGAGAAUAAUACGGAUGACGUAGAUGAAAAUUUUCGGAAUCAGCUGAUGAAUGUCCUACAAGCAGGGAAUGCCUUGGGAGGAGAUCAGAGCGAUGAUGACGUGGAUGACGAGACUAUGCUGGCCCUCGAUGAGAACAUUUCGGCCCUCUUUGCCGAACAGCAGAAGCGAAUCCAGGCAAAGAAGGACGAGAAAGAAAAGAUGCGGAAGGAGAAAAUCUUACGGAGGGAUUUUAAGAUUAAGGUGCUGGACCUUGUUGAGGUGUUCCUUGCUAAGCAGCCGGAGAGUCCUCUUGUGUUUGAUAUUAUCGAGGCCCUGCUUCUGGUGAUUGAGCAGAGCAUGAGUUCAGACGCAGAUAAGCAGGAGCAAGACUUCCUCCAGAAAACAGCCGAUAUCUUCAAGAACCGCUUAUGUAGAGCCAAGCAGUACUGUAAGAGCGUGGGUGACCAUCAGGCAGAUCUGCAUGCCCAGUUGGAGAGCCUCGUGAAGAGAGCCAGCAAGCACACGGACUCUCCGGUGGCCCUCUACUAUUUCAGCGCCUCUUUGUACCUGUUCAAAGUGCUGAAAGGGAACAUGGCCAGAGAAGAGGCGGCGACUCUUUCUUCUUCGAAAAAGAAACAGAAAAAUAACAAAGAGAACAGUGCGCAGACUGACCAGCUUUCGGACACAGGCCUUCUGGACCUGAAGCGAGUGACCACGGUGUAUCAAGAGGCACUGAGUGGAUUCUUGACCAAGCGAAAGAGUGCUCUCACGGCCGCUAUGUUCCUGGAUCUUUUGGCCCGCUUCCCGGUCAUGUGUAAGCCGUUAAUAGGCACCCUGGUCAAGUCUAUCACAGCAGGAGCCCGGCAGCAUCAGCAGGCGCAGGCGUGUGUGCUUCUCCAGAAGGCCCUGCAGACGCGGGAUCUGAAGCUCUCCAUGACAGAGGAGGAGUGGGGAGAGCUGAUCAAAGAGAGCACCAGUCAGAUCACGGAGAGCUUGAAAGCCGUGAACCAGUUCAAGGUGAAAGUUGACCAAGAGAAAGUCAUUAAGUGCUUGGAGCUGUUGAACUUCCUCAUCAAAACUGCCAACCAGCAGAAGCUGACUGUGGAGCUGGCGGAGCUGAGCCGGGUGCUGCAAGCGCUGAGCCAGCAGGAGGGGUUCGGGAAAUCCGGCCGCCUCAGCAAUCUCUACUGGAACGUCAUGAAUCUGCUGGGGUUUGCGCGCCCCAAAAGGGAGAAGGCGGAGCCCCAACCUGAGCACGCCCCUGGGGCGGAGCCUCUCAAGCGGAAGAAGAAAGGCUUCCUGCCCGCCAGCAAGAAACGCAAGAACCGCAAAAAGGCUCCGGCGGAGCCCCCGGAGGGCGGGGCGGAGAGCAGCAAGGAGGCAGGUGCCGCGGGUGGCGAGGCUGCAGCGCACAACAGCAGGAAGAGGAAAGGAGCCGCAGGGAAGGCAGGCGGCGAGAGCCCGUGGCCAAAGAAGGCCAAGGGGAGUCCUGGCAAAGAGACUCCGGGGAAGCAGGGCAAAGCCAGAAGGAAGAAGAAGAAGAAAGCAAAGCAAACGCCAGCUCCAACGGCGUGAGCUCUGUGGACUCAGACCUGCCCGGGAAUUUUAAGAGCUUAUCUCUAUUUUUGCACCAUCCCAUAGUUUUAAUAAACCCCCCUGGUGCCCA